CAGGUACUUAAUAUAUAGAGAUACAUAAGGACAACUUGCCACGCAUAGCCUUUUGCAUCUACAUAAGUAUCUUACCUUAGUUCAUGACAUCAAAGCCAUGCGAAGUUUAGCGAUAGGGUUUAUAAGGAUUUCAACUCGCCACAGGAUUUUCGUUGGGAAAUUUUCUUCGGCUUACCAUGGACCAAACACGAACCAAUCAGUAUUAUUUCGAACUCUACACUAACGUUAAUGUCAAUAGUGAAAGCUUCACCGAGUCGAAUUGGCUACUAAAUAGGGGGGUGAAUUUGGCGCCACACUUUCUUUAUCUUAUCUUUCUGUGGCUUAAUCAAAUCAAGGUAUCCACUAAAAGUUUUAUCAGUCGCAACAAUCGCAACAAUUUCAACACUUUCAACAAUCGUCAGUUCACUACGAUCACAGGACUCUCCACUCUCCAGUGGUAAAGUAGAAUACUUUUAUUUCCUACUUGUUUCAUCCCUACGAGUCAAAAUGUCUUCUAUAAGAAAUGCCGUACAACGCCGCGUUCACCGAGAACGUGCGCAGCCAAAAGAGCGCCAACGCCUCGGCCUACUUGAAAAGCACAAGGACUACUCCCUACGUGCAAAGGAUUUCAACAAGAAGAAAGCCCAGUUACGUGCGCUGCGGCAAAAGGCCGCCGACCGCAACGAAGAUGAGUUCUACUUCGGGAUGAUGUCGCGAAAGGGCCCUGGUGAUGCAUUGUCGCUAGGGAAGCGGUGGACUGGAACCGUUAACGGCGAUCGCGGCAAUAAGGUCAUGGAUAUCGACACCGUGCGCCUGCUUAAAACCCAGGAUAUUGGGUAUGUGCGCACCGUGCGCAAUGCCGCGCUCAAGGAGACCAAAGCGCUCGAGGAGAGAGUUGUGGGACUAGGUGGUAGCUUAGAUGUCCAAGUUGAGGAGGACUCGGACGAUGAAGAAGGGUUUGGAGCACCGAAGCAGACGAAGCCGAAGAAGAUUGUAUUCACAGAGGGCGUAGAAGAGCGUGAUGAGAGGUUACGGCGGGAAGUGGAGAAGGAUGCAGAUGGUGAUGAAGAUCUGGAUAUAGAAGAAGAUGCCGAGAAGGACAACCCGGAAGCAUUACGUGCCGAACAGCGGCAGAAGCUUCUCGAGAAGUUACAACGAAGACUCCAAAACUCACGAAAGAAGCUACGAAUUCUCGCGCGAACCGAGCAUGAGCUCGAGCUCCAAAGGUCCAAGAUGGCCAAGACGGCGACAUCUGGAAAUGUUAUGACGAAGUCCGGCAAGAAGAUCAAGGUUCGGGAGCGUAAGCGGUAGAGCGUUUGCAUACCAGCGAUAAGAGAUGGAAAAUGAAGUUAGGAAUUCGGACAAUGAGCCGAAAUCUUUGAUUUCAAUCAUAUUAUUACAGGCGGCGUUCAGGCACCGGGCUUCAGAUCGUCUAGAGCUAUGCGAUACCCAGGGAGAAAUAAACCCAUCCUAUCCCAUAUUUACAUUUCCCGAGCAGCCUCGUGCCUCGCUCGUAACUCUACCUGUACCUGUACCUGUACCUGUAAUCCGCCAGCUCUCAUUAUAUCCUGCAGCCCACCCGUAGAAGAGGAAAUGACCGGCCUGCUUCAUUAAUAUGUACUGUCCGUACGGGGCUAUGUGGUAAUGGUAAUGGUAUCGUAUCCGCCUGUAGGUACCCCGUUUCACGGUUCCUUCUUGUAGUCCCCCCUUGUCCCCAUUGACACCCUUGGUCCCAAGUCCCCAUCCCGUACCUAUUCAUCAUGGCAUCAUGACACGCUCAAAGCUUUUCGCUCGUUAGGCACUUACUCAGGCCCACUAUGAGAGCCAUGAGUGCCUUGAACGCCAGUGUAAGGGCCCAAAUAACGCAUUUGAACCCAAAGCUGAGCAGCUUAACAAUGGUUCGCGCAGUCCCCGGGAGUCGCUCC